GGCCUGGAUAUUGAUGGUGACUGCCACAGAUGUGUUUGCUCAUCCCUGAACAAGCACUGUUCCCAGCUUCCAUCUCGUCUCAGGGUUUGUGUAGCAUUGCUUGUUCCAAAUUCCACAUUCUGUAGAGGAACCAGCCACAAACGGUCAAAUUCUAUUGUUAUAUCUGGCAUUCAGGUGGCUCCCAGCAGUCGCAAUCCCUGUUUGCCAUAGGAUUCUGACCAGGUGUUCUUUUGUUUCUCAUUUCAGCAAGAUUGUUCUCCCUAUAAAACACACCGCUAUAAUUUUGGCGUUCUCCAAGUCAUUGGCCUCAAAACUUUCCGGUAAAAUGAUGGUAACAGGAUAGGGAGAGGGACAAAAGCAAAAUUCUUUGCUUUCCUUUGCAGUCUUUGCAAGUUCCUUUUUGGUAGAUCUUUCACUAGCUGGUACUUCUGAUUCCAACCAACCCAGUUAGUGUUCCACUGUUUGGUGCCGCAAAUGGUAGCUGCCAUCAUGGGGUUUCUGCCUUCUCACUUAGGCUUCCUGCGCAAAUCGAGUUGCCCCAGUGGUAUCUGUGAUUCCAUGGUUUUGAAACAACGUAUCAGAAAUAGAAGGGUUGGCAUUUUUUGUAGGCAGCAGAUGUUGCCCACAAACUGUUUGUAUCAUGGUCAGAAGGACACUGGUUCUCUGAAGGUCUAUGUCAUCUCGGACUUGCAUACGGACUAUGCAGAGAACAUGGCAUGGGUUAGGCGCUUGUCAACUGUGUGGUACAGGAAUGAUAUCCUCAUUGUUGCUGGGGAUGUUGCGGAAACAUACAAGAACUUUGUGGUCACCAUGUCUGAGUUGAAGCAUAGGUUCGGUAGUGUCUUCUAUGUGCCUGGGAACCAUGACCUCUGGUGCCGAAGGGAAGGAGGGAACUAUAUUAAUUCACUGGAGAAGUUGAGAGCCUUGCUUGAUGUAUGUGCUGAACUAGGAGUAGAAACCAGCCCAAGAAAUGUCAAUGGUUUGGGAAUUAUUCCUUUAUUCUCGUGGUACCACAAGAGUUUUGAUAGAGAGAAGGAUGUAACUGGUGUUCGGAUCCCUUCACUUGAGAUGGCUUGCAAGGAUUUUCAUGCAUGCACAUGGCCCCCGGAAUUAUCAAACAGUGAUGUAGCUCUUGCUCAUCACUUUGAUAUGAUGAAUGAGAAGAACAAUAGUGCCAUCGAUGAAGUCCAUAAGACCAAUUUCCAUAUAAUAACAUUCUCACACUUUCUUCCAAGGCAAGACUUAUGUCCAGAGAAAAGGAUGCUUUUUUACCCAAACCUUCCAAAGAUAAUAGGCUCAGACUUUCUGGAGGCCAGAUUGAGGUCUAUACACAGUAAAAAUGGAAACGGAUCAGCUUGUCAUGUCUUUGGCCAUACACACUUCUGUUGGGAUGCUGUGCUUGAUGGUAUUAGGUAUGUCCAGGCUCCUUUGGCUUAUCCUAGAGAAAGGAAAAGGAGGAUGAAUGGUGGUGAAAAUUGGCUGCCAUUUUGCAUCUAUCAUAAAGGAUUCACCAAUAAAGUAUCACCUUCCUACUGGUCUGAGUACUACUCCAAAAACAAAAGAGAACCUGAUAAUACUGAUCUUGCACCAUGGGUUGCCAGAUUUUAUACAAGGUAGCCCAAACCCCUUUUUCUCUCAUUAUUCAUUCUUUGUGUUGUACAAUUAUGUAACCUGCAAAUGUAAAAUAAGAUUUAGCAAAUGACAAUUGAGGGUGGCAAACCCAACGCUAUUAAAUAUAUUAAGAAAGCUACAUUCAUUUUUCUCAUUGUUUCUUCUGAAUAUAUUGUCGUUACUUUGUAAUGUAUGGAAGCAGAUUGUUUUUCUCCAUGCAAUUAAUAAUGGUGAUUCUGAAGGAAUGAAACUUGAAAUAAAGUACUUCUUCUUUU